GCGGCCGGUCAGAGAGACGUCAGCCGGAGAGCCGAGGAGGCGUCCUCACUCAACUUUGGAGCUAUUUUACCUCCGCCUGGCUUUUCAGCACCGCGGUCAGCGCUCACCUCCGGACACAGCCCAGCACAUGUAAGAGCUCGCCGAGCGUCCACUCUCCUCACUGCUCAUCACAACGUUCUGCACGUUCUUCCUCUGCCUCCUCUACCAAACCGAGAAGCCUCCUCCAAACCCAAUCUGUAGCCGAGAACAGCAGGUUUACAGCGAUGUUACAGAGGAACGGAUCUCAGCUGCUUCUCCUCAUAGCGCUCUGCAGCAUCUUCUACUCGCGGACUUUCAGUUUACCCUACUCCUCAAUGAGAGCUGCGAGACACGCGGACGGUCUCUUCACCAGUGGAUACAGUAAACUGCUGGGUCAGCUGUCCGCCAGGCGCUACCUGGAGUCGCUGAUCGGGAAGAGAGUCAGUGAUGAUCUGAUGGAAGACCAGGCGCCAGUGAAGCGUCACUCAGAUGCAAUAUUCACAGACAACUACAGUCGCUUCCGCAAGCAGAUGGCUGUGAAAAAGUACCUGAACUCCGUCUUAACAGGAAAGAGAAGUCUAGAAGACCCUCCCAGUGAGCAGGAGGAAUCCACCGGAGGGGAGACCACUUAUCGGGAGAGCUACGACGAUCUCACUGUAGAUGAAAUUCUAAACCAUAUACCACUGCCGCUCUGAGGAUGACCGCCCGAUAAGGAAACGCAAUUACCGGCGACUGUCAUAGACAUUCCAUAUCCAGAUAAUAGUAAAGGAUAUCAGCAUUUAACUCUAAAACAAUGUGUCUCGACAUAACAAAAAAAAAUACAUAAGAUGUGGUUAU